AUGAAUGUUUUCAGAAGCUGGUGUCAAUGCUGCCAUCUUGAAUAUGUCUCCAUCGAAACAAUGGCGCCUGAAAAACUUGACAAGGUCUUGAGUAAGUUUUACGCCGAGGUGAAAAAAAAGGACGGAGAUGACUACGAGCCAGAAUCCCUUAAAAUCAUGCAGAGUGCCAUUGAACGGUAUCUAAAGGAGAAGAACUAUCCAUUGAGCAUCGUGCGAUCGAGAGAGUUUCACUCCUCACAAGAAAUCCUCAAUGCGAAAGCAAUUUCCCUACGUCAACAAGGAAAGGGAAAGAGACCCAACAAAUCUCAGCCAAUCACACCUGAAGAAGAGUCAGCCCUGUGGGAAAAAGGUCAGUUGGGUGAUUUUAAUGGAAAGGUAUUGACCAAUGUCAACUUCAAAAAUUUGACAGAACAACUGGGAUUUCGUGGUCGCCAAGAACACUACGAUGCAUACGUGGAAGACGUAAUUAUAAGACAGCGAGAAGAUGGAACUAAAGUUGUUGAGUUCAGGGAAGGUCCCACUAAAACGCGGAGCGGUGGUCUCACCAUCAGGCGAAGAACAACACCACAGGCAAUGUUCAGCACCGAUGGCGGAAAAAGCGAUCCAGUGCGGCUAUUCAAGCUUUGGUUGUCCAAGCGACCCGAAGGAAUGAAGAACACAGGGCCACUCUAUCUUAGAAUCAUAAAUAGUCCUAAAUCAGCAGAUGUUUGGUACACCAAAGUUCGAAUGGGACAAAACACCAUCGGCAAUUUAAUGAAAUCCAUGGCCUCCUGUCUCAGGACGAAUAAGAAGCUGACGAACCACAGCAUGAGGAAAACAUUGGUAUCAAAACUGAAGAAGUCUGGUCAACCGCGCAAUGUUAUCUGUGAAAUAACCGGCCAUGCACGUGAAUCUUCGUUAGACGACUAA